AUUUCGAUACCCGGAAACAAGGAUCAUAUGUCAUCAUAGUUGUCGGGUUGCAUGUGAAAAUCAUGCCCAGCUCCUACGUUUGGAUUCCAUAAUAAUUUAUUCGGACCCUUAAUCGACAGAAGUCUUAUAGAGAGAAUUAAUCGUAUUACCGGUCGGAUUGUUGAUCACCUGAGUUGAGGAAUAUAUAGAGAAUUAUUCUACGAGUCUACUUCCGGAUAGACAGGUAGAGGACGAUGGAAGACGGAGGCAGCUCCCCGCCUGAUCUGAUCAAGGACCAUGGAGAACCCAGUCAUGUUCCCCUAGCCCCUGGCAGAGGAGUGCUGUUCCCUUCAUCGCUCCUUCCUCCCUGCUCUACCCUCCUCCCUCCAGUCAUCCCCCCUUCACAGGACGACCUGUGGCAGCUACCUGGAAGACUACGUAUAAACCCGUCUCUGUGGGACAAGGAGGACGUGGUCCACUGGCUGCACUGGGCUCAGAGGGAAUAUUCUCUCCUCAGAACUGAGAGAGGACGGUUUGAGAUGAACGGCAGAGCUCUCUGCCUCCUCACCAAGGAAGACUUCAGACGCCGCUGUCCUGACUCAGGUGAUGUACUGUACGAGCUCCUACAGUGUGUGAAGCAGCAAAGAAGGGAGGUCUCCCAAUGCCACACAACUCCACCCAUCCUGACCCUCACCAAGCCCCCUCUCAGUCUCACCAAACUCCCCUCUACUAAAUACACCCAGCCACCCCAAACCAAUGGAAGCCAGGGUCCCCAACCCCUAGGAGCCAAUGGAUCAACACAUGUGUCGAAGUGUCAUCCCACAAUCCCUAGUACCCAGGAGGAGGAGCCUCUCAACCUGUCCAAUCAGGAGAGGACUGAGAGAGAAGUCCCACCUAGAGAGGCCAACGGCAAGAUCCCAGGUAACACACACACACACACACAGACCCACUGUAGCUCUCUCUCACUCUCUCUCUGUGUAGACUGCAGGUUGCUGUGGGACUAUGUGUACCAGCUGUUGUCAGACCAGCGCUACCAGCCCUUCAUCCGCUGGGAGGACCAGGAGAGCCUGGUGUUCAGGGUGGUCGACCCCAACGGACUAGCUCGACUCUGGGGGAACCACAAGAACCGAGCCAACAUGACGUAUGAGAAGAUGUCUCGUGCUCUGAGACACUACUACAAACUCAACAUCAUCAAGAAAGAACCAGGACAGAAACUACUCUUCAGGUUCCUGAAGACCCCUCAGGAGAUCAAGCGACACAGAGUGGACCGCCUCGACUUAGCAGAUUCCCCUGAACACUCACCUUCACACUCACCCUCACACUCACCCCGGCGGGACUUCAGUGAGGAUGGUUUGGAGGUGUCCCCUGAAUACAGCGCCCCAAGCUCUAACACCCUAAGCAUGACGGUAUGAACAUGGGUACUCCUGUGUUGAGGUAUUGGCUCUCUUGCACUGUGAAAUGGCUAUGUUUUUGAGGCAGUAAUCUACAACCCACUGUGGAAACCUUAUGGAGAUGCUGCGUAGCUAAUGACUAGCGCCCCCCCAAACAACACUAUUCAUCAGGAAAGAACAGAGCUGUCUGAUCACAAACUUUUACUCAUCUGCAGCUUCAUGAAUUACAGCAUCACUUUAAAACUAUACACAGAAAUACUACAACUAACAGUCCGGUUUCUUCCUGGGUCUGACGUGUGACUUGGUAAAUAGAAUUGUAAUAUGAUCUAAAUAAACGUUGCACAUUACAAGCAGGUCCCACACGCUAAUAGCUCCCCAUUAGUAGCUGGGUGAGUAAAUCAUGUGAUCAUAAUAUUUACCUUUGCUUCUGUACAUAUUUUCAAACUCUGAAUUUGUGGAAUGAAUGAAAUUGUUUGUUUUUUUAAAUGUUUUUUUUUUGUUGUUUUAAUGAUUUUUUGUUGUUGUUGUUGUUGUUGUUGUUGUUGUUGUUGUGUCAAAUUGCCGAUUGGCAACCCAUCCCUUACGGGAUUAAUUGACCCAUGGUAGAAAGGCCAAUAGAGGAUAACAUGCGUUUCGUUCACUACUUCUUCAUAGGCCUUCCUCUUCCAGUUGACCACUGUUAGCAGCUAUUGUUGUUCCUCAAUAACACAGACCCCAGAGCAAAUCAGGGGGAGACAAAUAGAUUCAUUUGAAAAGGACAAAUCAUAGAUGUUAUGCUGGGAGGUACAUGUUCAUUCCCUCUGACCUCAGCUUGUCACCAUAGAACAAAGAAACAAGAUGCCACUUACACCCCCCCCCCCCCCACGCUCACCUGGGGUUGACCAAUCAGAAGUCUUUGCAUUACAACUGGGCAGACCAAUGAAAACAUAGCACACAUAGCUCUGUGGAAUGUCAGGACUGACAGACCAUAGAUUCUAACCAGCUGUUGAACUGAGACCAUAGAUUCUAACCAGCUGUUGAACUGAGACCAUAGAUUCUAUCCAGCUGUUGAACUGAGACCAUAGAUUCUAACCAGCUGUUGAACUGAGACCAUAGAUUCUAACCAGCUGUUGAACUGAGACCAUAGAUUCUAUCCAGCUGUUGAACUGAGACCAUAGAUUCUAUCCAGCUGUUGAACUGAGACCAUAGAUUCUAUCCAGCUGUUGAACUGAGACCAUAGAUUCUAUCCAGCUGUUGAACUGAGACCAUAGAUUCUAUCCAGCUGUUGAACUGAGACCAUAGAUUCUAUCCAGCUAUUGAACUGAGACCAUAGAAUCUAUCCAGCUGUUGAACUGAGACCAUAGAUUCUAUCCAGCUGUUGAACUGAGACCAUAGAAUCUAUCCAGCUGUUGAACUGAGACCAUAGAUUCUAACCAGCUGUUGAACUGAGACCAUAGAUUCUAUCCAGCUGUUGAACUGAGACCAUAGAUUCUAUCCAGCUGUUGAACUGAGACCAUAGAUUCUAUCCAGCUGUUGAACUGAGACCAUAGAUUCUAUCCAGCUAUUGAACUGAGACCAUAGAUUCUAUCCAGCUUGUUAACUGAGACCAUAGAUUCUAUCCAGCUGUUGAACUGAGACCAUAGAUUCUAUCCAGCUUGUUAACUGAGACCCAACUAUUUCCAUUAACAAUUUUUGUCAUACAUAAUAUAUCUCUCACACACCAAUUCACCCUGAUUCAAACAAAACAUUCUCAAUUUGGGUUUAUGGUUAAUCUCCUCCACCCGAUUGGGUUUAUGGUUAAUCUCCUCCACCCGAUUGGGUUUAUGGUUAAUCUCCUCCACCCGAUUGGGUUUAUGGUUAAUCUCCUCCACCCGAUUGGGUUUAUGGUUAAUCUCCUCCACCCGAUUGGGUUUAUGGUUAAUCUCCUCCACCCGAUUGGGUUUAUGGUUAAUCUCCUCCACCCGAUUGGGUUUAUGGUUAAUCUCCUCCACCCGAUU